GUUCUUUAACCGUUUUGCUAUGAAAGAUAUGAAAGUUGAUUUUGGUUUUGGGUUAGAAUACACUAUGCACAACGUUGCACCGAACUCUGAAAAGCCCUAACUUCUUUCCCGCGCCUUUCUCUCUUCAAUCUCCUUCGACGCCGUUCUUCUCUCUCCGAUCAAAAUGGUUUCGCAGUGGGGAAUCAAGUUCGCCGUCCACCUCAUCACCAACCACUUCGGAAAAAUCGUCGCUAAAGUUUGCGAAACACUACUUCGUCAAGGACCCCUCACUUUGGAACUGUUGAUUCGCUUCACGGAACUUUCCAAGGAGCACGUUAAAAACUCAUUACUUGUCUUAAUUCAACACAAUUGUGUUCAAGCAUUCAUUUGCGAAGGUGGCGAUGUAGACGAGUCGAGAGUUAAGACACAGUAUUUGGUGUUGUUUGAUAACAUACUCCAUCGACCGAGAUUUCCCAAAUUCAUGGAGAUUGUGUUGCAGGAACUUGAUAAACAUUGUGAAAAGGUUCUUGAAGGAUUGCUCCGCGAUGGUAGGCUCACCUUAAAACAAAUGAUUGACCGAGCAAGUCAGGGAGCAAGUCAAGAAAAUGAUAGUGCAGUGGUUGCAGACGCUGUACGAGAGAACCUUUGUAAACUUCUGAUGGCUCGAUAUGUUGAACGCUGCCCAGCUGCUGAGGUUACAAUAGUUGAAGAAGAAAUUAUUACUAAGAAGCGUGGUGCUAAAUCUGACCAGAAUUUUAAAGCACCAGAGACCACAAUACAACGUGUUAUAGAAGCAGCAGUGCCUGGGGAUGCGAUCAGAUUUUCACUCACAGCAGAUACAGGAUGUAAUAGUGAUGAAGAAACAAAGCCAGCUGAUAUAAAUGUUGCAGAAAACAAUGAAAAAGAGCAGUUAAUUCUCUGGCGUGUAAAUUUUGAGGAGUUCUUACGUUAUCUUAGGGAUAAGUUAUUGAUCGAGAAUGUAAGAGCACGAAUGGACGAUGGAGCUGCUACUGUCGUGAGGGCAAUGCUGGAGGCAACAAGAAAUGUAGACAAAAGAGUGAAAAUAGAAAACUCAGUUCCCUUAGAGCUGGAUCAACUUUUCACAGAGGUGAUAAAGACUGAAAAUGGCCUACAAAUGACCAUGGAUCGUGUUAAGGCUUAUCUAGUUCAAUUGGGUUGUUCAAGUCAGAUAUCAUUUGCAUAUACUAUUGAUUUAAAGCACAUUAUUCAUUUGGCUCGAAAUGAAGAGGUUGAGUCAAUUGUGUUAAAAAGGUAUGGAAGGGAUGCCUACCGAAUGUUCAGGCAUCUGUCAAAGGAGAAACAGUUUUGUCCGACAGAUAAGAUUGCAGAGUCGACUCUUGUUGAGAAAAAGGAAGCUCCAAAGUUACUGAACAGGUUAUUGAAGGAUAACUACUUGCAUAUGGAGAAAUUAAAUGUCAGUGUUGUGGGAUCUAAUAAGCAAACACAGCUUUUAAUGUGGAGAGUUAACCAGCCGCUGCUUUGGGAAUAUGUUCUGGAUGAGAUGUACCAUGCUGCCUUAAAUUUGAGCCUAAGAAUGGCUUUUGAGCAGGAAAAGGAUGAAGAGAUUUUAAAUGUUCCCAAGGACAAGAUUACGGCGUCGGAGCCACUGCAGAAGAAGUACAAACGGCUACAAAAUGUUUGCUUACUCUUGGGAUCAUCAUUGUUGAAACUUGACGAUGCUCUGAUGCUUUUCCAUGACUUCUGAAUAUAUAUUUUGAGACAAUUACUGUGAUUUCUUUGUAGAUGAAUGACAAAUUUGAUAUUUUAUUUAUAAUUGAAUAAUAUUUCCGAGUACAAUUUGAGUAUUCACAUUAAAUUUAGCUGAUGAUAAGGAUUUUGAUGUAAUUGGUUGGUAUUUAACGGAUAACAGUUUUUAUUUUUUA